AUGUUUGCCCGAUCGCUAAUUUGGAUUGAUAGUUUACUAAUCUUAAUUAAUAUAAAUGAAGGGUAUGCAAGAACAUAUGCUGAUGAAUUUUAUGGACGAAUAAGAGGAAGUAAUCAAGCAACAAGUAAAAAUGCAGGUGUUAUUUUUCUAAUAAUAUUUGGUUGUUUAGUUGGUGGAUUUUUUAUAUGUUGUAUUUGUGGUACACUUAUUUUAGGAUGCUUUGAUAAUAGAAUUCGAUAUAUGCAACGAAAACCUGUACGUUAA